AACAACAAAAAAACGGAGCUUCUCACGAAUUUCCCACGGUUUUGAAAAUAUCUCUCAUCCAAAAACAUAUCAUAUAUAUACACAAACACACUUUGCUACAAAAACAGAACACAAAAACACAUUGUAACAUUAGUUUAAUCAUCACACAAAAACAUUAUGUCGAAUAAUAAUAAUUCUCCGACCACCGUGAAUCAAGAAACGACGACGUUUCGUGAAGUCUCAAUCACAUUGCCUACUGAUCAAUCUCCUCAAACCUCACCAGGCUCAUCUUCUUCUCCUUCACCGAGACCUUCCGGUGGAUCUCCGGCGAGAAGAACCCCGACUGGAUUAUCCGGAAAACACUCUGUUUUCAGGGGAAUUCGACUACGUAACGGAAAAUGGGUAUCGGAGAUUCGAGAGCCACGUAAAACGACAAGAAUAUGGCUCGGGACUUACCCGGUACCGGAGAUGGCUGCGGCCGCUUACGACGUGGCGGCGUUAGCUUUAAAAGGACCCGACGCCGUUUUGAAUUUUCCCGGUUUAGCUUUGACUUACGUGGCUCCGGUUUCAAACUCUGCAGCGGAUAUAAGAGCGGCUGCUAGUAGAGCAGCGGAGAUGAAGCAACCGGAUCCGGGUGGGGAUGAGAAGGUAUUGGAACCGGGUCAACCCGGGAAAAAAGAAGAAGAAGAAGAAGUGUCGUGUUCGUUGGAGUUUAUGGAUGAGGAAGCGAUGUUGAAUAUGCCGACUUUGUUGACGGAGAUGGCUGAAGGAAUGUUGAUGAGUCCACCGAGAAUGAUGAUAACUCCGACGGUGGAGGAUGAUUCGCCGGAGAAUCAUGAAGGAGAUAAUCUUUGGAGUUAUAAAUGAAUUCAUUUAGCUGUCUUUUUUUAUUAAUUAUUUUUUCCGGUCGAAUGAGAUUUAAUUUUUCCUUUUUUUUUUUUUUUUGCUUUUUGGGACGUCGCUGUUAUCGAAAGUCAAAUAGGUUAUUAAUAUGAUCUAUUUGUAAUAUUUUUGAAAAAA